UCAAGCAACCCAUCGCUAUUUUUAGUAAUUCCGCAUACAAAAAAACACGAAAUGAAGAUCUUUGUUUGUGUGCUCGUCACUUUGGUGGCAUCAGUUUCUGCCGGCUUCCUUGGAGGUAACUCAGGCGGUGGCGGUGGCUAUGGACCCGGACCUGGUGGCCCACAUGGUGGUCAUGGAGGGCAUGGAGGUCAUGGCGGCUACGGCGGCCCAGGUGGCCCUGCUGGGGGCGGUGAAAUAAAAACCAUACAAAUCAUACAUGAUGGUGGCGCAGGAGGGCACGGGGGAGGCUACGGAGGUUAUGCUGGUCACGGUGGCGGACAUGGAGGCCAUGGGGGCCAUGGGGGCCAUGGAGGUCAUGGCGGUUUCGGUGGUCAUGGCGGUGCCGUGGGAGGAGGAGAUGUCAAAACCAUCAAGGUUAUUCACGAACAAGGCGGUGCAGCGGGUGCAUUCCAUGGAGGUAUUGGUGGACACGCUUACGGUGGAGGCCAUGGUGGUGGCAGCGUUGGUGGCGGCGAUGUAAAGACAAUCAAAGUUAUACAUGAACAAGCUGGCAGUGGUGGAUUUUCAAAUGGUAUCGCUGACAAUGGCGGCUACAGUUAUGGUGGUGGUGGUGGUGGACAUGGACAUGGUGGUCACCAUGGCGGCGCUCCUGGCGGCGGUGAAGUGAACACCAUAAAAGUUAUACAUGAACAAAGCUUCGAAAGCGGACAUGGCGCUGGCGGAGUGGGUGGUGGAGCGAUUGGCGGUGGCGCUUACGGUGGCGGUCACGAUGAAGUCAAAACCAUUAAAGUCAUUCACGAGCAAGGUGGUGCCGUUGGUGGUGGAUUCUCGGGUGACGCCGGUGUUGGUGGUGGCUACAGUUAUGGUAGUGGCGAAGGGGCUGGUGUUGGCGGUGGAGACGUAAGAACCAUCAAAGUCAUUCACGAGCAUGCCGGACCUGUUGGUGGACAUGGACAUGGAGGCGGUGCCAUUGGUGGUGGCUCCUACGGCGGUGGUGAAGUGAAGACAAUCAAAGUCAUUCAUGAACAAGGCGGCAUCGCAGCUGGUCACGGUGCUGGAGGCAGUUAUGGCGGUGGUGUCGCUGCAGGCGGACACAAUGGCGGUUCUUUCGAAGCUGUAAAGUCUCUCAAUUUGAUCGGGGAGUUGGACGGUGGCGGCCAUGGUAUCGGUAACUUCAAUGGCGGCGGCAACUUCAAUGGCGGUGGAUCUCCCGCUGGCGGUGCUGGCUAUCUGCCUCCAGUGAAUGAGUACGUGCCCCCAUCAAACGAGUACUUGCCACCAGUGGCGUAAUAGACCUCAACUGUUUAGCUGUAGUUGUAUUUUAGGUUUAAUUAUUCUAUCAUUAAGUAGCUGCCAGACGUUGCAUCUGGCGUCUCUUUUGUAAAUAUUUCUUUUCGUAUCAAAAAGUAAAUUA